ACAGAUGAAGGCCUCAACGUGUGGUGGGGAAUGUCAUUAACCAUGGUCGCUUUGUACCGUUUUUAUUACCUACGUGUAUCUGCAUAUCUUUACAUAUUGUAUAAUCAAUCUUUGUGGUCCCUAUUGGCACCGGUUUGGGGUGUGUUUUGUAGUAUGUCUUUGCUGAAACGGCUUAUAACUUUACCGGAAGUUGUAUAGUACAGUUUUGUCAUUGAGUGAAUCACGUGGCCGGUGGUGUAUCUGACCUCACCUUUCCUUUUACGUAUUCCACAUGGUCGCGACCUUGCUGUCUAUUUUUGCAGCGUUCCAUCGUGCAGAAGUCAAGAUGUCCGGCCAGGAAGAAGUAUCGUUCAUCAUGGUGAAACCCGACGGGGUCCAGCGUGGACUUGUCGGAGAGAUCAUAAAGCGGUUCGAGAACAGGGGAUUCCAGCUUGUUGGAUGUAAAAUGAUGUCGCCAACCAAAGAACACUUGGAGAAGCAUUAUGAAGAUCUGAAAGCAAAACCCUUCUUCCCUGGCCUGAUCAAAUAUAUGUCUGGUGGACCAGUCGUUGCCAUGGCAUGGAGAGGAAAGAGUGUUGUUAAGACUGGACGUGUCAUGCUGGGUGCCACAAAUCCUUUAGAUUCCAACCCUGGAACAAUUCGUGGGGACUUCUGUAUUGAUGUCGGAAGGAACAUCUGUCAUGGAAGCGAUUCUGUUGAAAGUGGCAAAAAGGAAGUGGCACUCUGGUUUGGAGAAGCGACAGAAAAGUAUUCUCUAUGUACAGAAAGCAUGAUCUAUGAAUAAUAAGUCAAAUUAACUAUUUAAAAGGAACUGAACUGACUAGAUGAGAUUCGGCAUCGGGAGAGAGCAGUGAGCCGCAGGGUUGUACGAUCUGUGAUAAAUCAUGUCUUUACACAAAAUUUUAAUAAUGUACUUUUAUGACCAACAGAUAUAUGUCAAUUUAUAUACAUGUAUACCACGGAAGUGCUAACAAAUUAAAAGUUCAUGGAAUAUAUGCUCUAGAAAAUCUUUCAUAAAUUAAAAAAAAA